AUGCGAGUCUGUUAUCGGCAGCGUUUCUACAAACACUCGGGAGGUUCAAGGACGAGAGCUCCUGACCUCCGAGUCUGCAGCUGCUUCGAGAUGAGGCAUUGCGUCGCUGUUGUUCUGCUGCUGCUGCAGCUGUGCAGCCCGACGCUGCAGUCCAAGCCGCUGCUCUACCAGCUGCAGGACAGCCAGCAGAAGCCCAGCAAAGCGUGGCUCAACCCUGCGCUGGCAGACGUCGUCCCCUCCAGGGAGGUCAGCAACCCUCCUAAACUUGUGGAGAGCCCAGAAGCCCACACCCCCUCCCACUCCUUACCCAUCUUUGACGAGUACGUCAACCUCAAGUGGGUCACGUGGGACGGUUCCCUCCCUAACGGCGCCGUCGCCAUCUUUAACGGCUAUGCUGAACGCAACGACUACGUCUGCAAAGUCAACUGCGAGGCCGGUUUCUACACACCCAGCAAAGGGAAGUUGUGCCAGUAUCCCUACGCCGACAGGGAGUACGCCUCCUCCACGUUCGAGGUUCUGGUCAACGUGGACCACUUCGAGUUCCUGCAGUGGGUUGAAGGUUCGUACGGUUCUGUUCCUCAGUACUCCAUCAAGACCUGCCCCAAUAGUGACAUCUACGUAGGUAAGAACAAGUACGGGCUCGGCAAAGUGGUGACCCGACACGAGGCCUUCUUCCUGCCCUGGGAGGGCGAUGAGUACUGGUACAAGUCAUACCAUGUCCUGGCCAUCAACCGUGUCAGCUACAGCCAGCACAUCUCCCACGUGGAGUACGCCAUCGACAAGAUGGAGCUGUUCCACCAACCACCAGAGGCCCUGGAUCUCAUCAACGUCGUCAACCAUGAGUGCCGAGACGUUGUGAAGACGGUGACGCUGAAGAAGACGACCCGGUCCGCGAAGACCUGGGACAUCGGCAGGGAGACCCGCAACGGCUCUGUGUCCACCAUGUCGGCCAAGGUUCCCAUCCUCGGCCCGGGGGACGUGGGCUUCACCGAGGAGCAGAAGGUGACCUUCUCAGAGGGAACCACCAUGGCGGAGUCCCUCAGCCACUCGCUGUCGGUGGAGCUGGUGGUGCCGCCGAACUACUCCUGCAAUGUGAGGAUGGAAGGCAGGACGAUGAAGGCCAGCAUCCCGUUCACAGGCAGGCUGAGCCGCACCAACCACAACGGAGACACCCACUGGACCUCCAUCACCGGAACCUACGACGGCGUGAACGUGGGCGAGAUCACGGCGGUGGUGGAAAGAUGUCAGCCAUUGACCGACGCCGUUCCCUGUUCCCCGGAACAACAAUGA